GCCGUAUACAACACUACACAACUCUUCGAGUCACACCGUUCAGAUAUUCAUAUAUAGAUAGUUCUGGAAUUUGUUAGUUUUAAUUACAAAAUAGUCAUAUAUAUUCAGAUUAAGUAAAGCAUUAACAAAGCAGUCAAUAUGUCGGACUGGGAUACGGUAACCGUUUUAAGAAAAAAGGCCCCAAAGUCUAGCCAACUGAAGACCGAAUCAGCUGUGAACAAUGCACGCCGCCAAGGUGUUGCCGUCGAUACCCAGCAAAAAUAUGGUGCUGGCACCAACAAGCAGCAUGUGACCACGAAGAACACUGCCAAGCUGGAUCGCGAGACUGAGGAAUUGCGGCACGACAAGAUUCCGCUCGAUGUGGGCAAACUGAUUCAGCAGGGUCGCCAGGGCAAGAACAUGAGCCAAAAGGACUUGGCCACGAAAAUCUGCGAGAAACAGCAAGUGGUUACCGACUAUGAAGCCGGACGCGGCAUACCCAAUAAUUUGAUACUUGGCAAAAUGGAGCGUGUGCUUGGCAUAAAAUUACGUGGCAAGGAGCGCGGCCAACCAAUAGCGCCUCCCGGUAAAAAGUGAGAUGAUGCUGCUGCGUCCACUGUUGUGGUCGCUCCGCCUCUAAACCAUAAAAAUGCCAGACACCAGCAACAACCGGAGUCUGGCGGCGGCUGGAGCACCGUCAGCAGCAGCAGGCGCAAAUGAAGCACUAUCCGGGAGGCUGUCGCACCAAACAAAAUCGGGUUAGCAGCUAACAAAAAAAAAAAAAAAAAACCAACAAAAUCACGAGGAGAAUGAACGAGUUAAUAUCUACAACAACAACAACAACAGCAAAACAACCACAAUCAAUCCAAGCAAACGAAACAACAACAAAACGCAUUAAAUUCUUUGCCACAUUUGCUUUUUCUUUUAUUAUAAAUGCACAACCCACCACCCACCCACCCAUUUAUUUUGCUGACAAAAAUUCAAACAUUGUAAUUCAAUAUUGGAAAACAAAAAAAAAAAAAAACAAACAAACACACACACACACACACACGCACGCACGCAUACCUCAAGGGACAAUGCACAAAAGGACAGACACAACAAACUGAACUCAGAAAAAGAUUUAUUAUUAAAUUGAGUCGCAAACAGCUUGAAAUGUUGCGCUCAUGGCUAAAAUAAA